AUGAAUACUAUCAAAACAAUCGGCGUCGUCGGAACUGGUGUCAUCGGCGCCAGUUGGACAGCCCUAUUCCUAGCCAAAGGAUACAAGGUUAUCGUGACAGACCCGGCACCUGGUGCGGAAGAGAAGCUGCAAGCCUACCUACAGAAAGAAUGGCCGACAUUAACCAAAAUCGGACUCGUACCCGGCGCAUCAUUGCAAAACUACCAAUUCGUCGAAAACAUUGACGAGUACCUCGGAGAAGUUGAUUACAUUCAAGAGAAUGGCCCUGAACGACUAGACAUCAAACGUCCCCUCAUCACCCACCUCGACGCCAACACCCGGCCAGACAUCACCAUCGCAUCCUCAUCAUCCGGUCUCCCCUCUUCGCAAUUCGUCACAGACUGUACCAAGAACCCAUCCCGCAUCCUGAUCGGUCAUCCAUUCAACCCACCACAUCUUAUUCCCCUGGUCGAGGUGGUACCCCACCCAGGUACAAAUGCGGAAACCAUCUCGACCGCGAUGAACUUCUACCCAAAACUGGGCAAAGAUCCUGUGCUUGUGAAGCAGGAAACACCGGGGUUCAUUGCCAAUCGUCUUCAGGCGGCUGUUUGUAACGAGGCGUAUAGUCUUGUUGGGAGAGGUGUUAUUUCUGCUGAGGAUUUGGACAAAACAAUGACAUCCGGCCUCGGUCUCCGCUGGGCCGUGAACGGUCCCCUGAUGACGAAUGCCCUCGGCGGUGGUAGAAGUUUCCGGCACUUUAUUGACCAUAUUGGACCUGCGGUGAAGUCUUGGGGUGAUGAUAUGAAGCAGUAUGAGUUUGGGCAUGAACCGGAGAAGAGGGAUAAGGUGACUGAGAAGGUUGAGGAGUAUGUAGGGGGUGUUGAUUUGGACGAAGUUGAGAAGAGGAGGGAUGAGUUUAUUCUUAAUUCUAUUCAGUUUAAGUCUAGUGCUAGGGGUGCUUAG